AAACCACUAGAGAAUAAAAGAAGUCCAAGGAAAUGGCAUUUUGCCGAUCCGUUUUCAGUCAUUCUCCCUCAGCUUCACUCCCCAUUGUUUCUAUUUUUUCCAAAUCCGCUUUACCUUUCCUAAUCUACCGUCAUAAGUUGUCCAAAUUUACCAAGCUGCCUUUUAUAUACCAGAACCCGCAGAGCUACACUCACAGUGCAAUAAUCUCAAGAACCCUGUGCCUAUCAUCAACCUCCUUUUCCAUGGAAUCUGCUCCAGAAGGUUACAGAAGAAACGUGGGUAUCUGUCUGAUCAAUCCAUCUAAAAAGAUUUUUGCUGCUUCGAGGCUGGAUAUACCCAAUGCUUGGCAAAUGCCUCAGGGAGGUAUAGAUGAGAAUGAAGAUCCUAAAAUUGCAGCCAUAAGGGAAUUAAAAGAAGAGACAGGGAUUAUCUCAGCAGAAAUUCUUGCAGAGGCACCUUAUUGGUUGACAUAUGACUUCCCACCUGAAGUCAGGGAAAAACUUAAACGUCAAUGGGGAUCUGACUGGAAAGGUCAAGCGCAGAAGUGGUUUCUUCUUAAAUUCACUGGGAAAGAGGAAGAGAUCAAUCUUUUGGGUGAUGGCACAGAGAAACCUGAAUUUGGUGAGUGGUCAUGGAUGUCACCCGGGCAAAUACUUGACCAUGCUGUAGAUUUCAAGAAACCUGUUUACAAGGAAGUUUUGACAGUUUUUGCUCCUUAUCUUGAAUAAAUUCAUACACGUGUUGACUGCUUACGUUCUUUUUUUAUGUAGUGAACUACUAGAUCAAAUAAUUGAUCGUCUUUGGGGUUAAGUUCUUUGGUACAGAUGCAAUCUCCUCAAAGAUCUGAUAUUCUUGUGAUUAACUGGAAAAACAUUGGUUGGUAUGGUAGAUAAUAUGUGGAAAUUUUCCUACUGUUGUGUUAAAUUUAAGGGAAUUAGAGGUGGCUUAUUUGCA